UCUCUCUCUCUCUCUCUCUCUCUCUCUCUCUCUCUCUCUCUUCUCACACGCUGGUGCUUGGCGUGCAUAUGACUGCAUUCAUAGGCGUACUCCCAGAUGUCGAGAAAUCGGAGGAGAAUCCGGCUGGAGGACCACCGGAGAUAGCCCAAGACCACAAGGACACAUCCGUAGAAGAACAGACGUCGACGCGGUCAUCCUUCGAUACCAUCAGGUUGGCCCAUCAUGACAACAGACAGCAAGAUGAAGAUGUACCCGCUGCCGACCUCGAAUCUCUUCGACCCGCAAGCACAGCUCCACAAUGGUCGAUAUUUACUCCUUCACAAAAGCGCUUCAUCGUAUUCAUGGUGUCCCUCGCCGGUUUCUUCUCUCCUCUGAGCGCGAAUAUCUACUUUCCCGCUCUGAACACGCUCGCCGAAGAUUUUGGCACGACGGAGAGCGUCAUGAACUUGACUUUGACUUCGUAUAUGAUCUUUCAAGGUCUCUCGCCUACUAUAUUCGGAGAUCUCGCAGACAUGGCUGGUAGAAGACCCGCGUACAUCAUUGGCUUCACCAUCUACAUUGGUGCAUGCAUUGGAAUCGCCAGCUGCAACACGUUCGCAGCUCUCCUGGUCCUCCGAUGUCUGCAGUCGACCGGUUCAGCGAGCACGAUUGCACUGGGCUCAGGAGUAGUCGCCGACAUCGCCACGAGCGCGGAACGAGGCAUGUGGAUGGGCUGGGCGACAUCAGGACCCAUGAUUGCGCCCGCAAUCGCACCCGUACUCGGCGGCUUGUUUACACAAUUCCUCUCCUGGCGCUGGAUGUUUUGGUUCUUGGUGAUUCUCGCAGGCACAUUCCUCGUCCCAUUUGUCCUCACUUUCCCCGAGACUGGUCGAAACGUGGUCGGUAACGGGUCAAUACCGCCUCAAGGCUGGAAUAUGUCCCUUGUAAACUACAUUCAAGUCCGUCGACAACAACAACAACAGCAAUCAUCCCUCCCACCACCCCCGAAAAGAAAAAACCCCAACCUCCGCCUCCCCAACCCCCUCAACUGCCUCAAACUCAUCUUCCAAAAAGACGUCGGCCUCCUCCUCUUCUACAACAGCAUCAUCUACAGCGCCCAAUACGACAUCAUGUCCUCCUUCCCCUCCCUCCUCUCAACAACCUACACUUUCACCUCUCUCCAAAUCGGCCUCAGUUUCAUCCCCAUGGGCCUCGGAUCCUUCCUGGCGCCGACCAUCAGCGGAAAACUCCUCGAUUACAAUUUCCGCCGUAUAGCCUCUCAGAUCCAAUAUCCCAUCAUCCCAGGAAAACCCAACGACCUUCGAACUUUUCCUCUCGAAAGAGCAAGAAUUCAAAUCGCGUUUCCCAUGGUGUUAUUGGGAACAAUCACUAUCCUCAUAUACGGCUGGAUCAUGCAUAUCCAUCCCUCCAACUCCUCGGUCAAUUUAUCAGCACCUCUAAUUCUCACCUUCAUCAUCGGUUUCACAUACACUUCGGCAUUCAACGCCAUGAGUGUUUUAUUGGUAGAUUUAUAUCCUGCGAGCCCGGCAACGGCGACGGCGGCGAAUAAUUUGGUUCGGUGUUUAAUGGGAGCCGGGUCGACGGCCGUCAUUUUGUACAUGAUCGAGGCCAUGGGCAGAGGCUGGUGUUUUACCUUUCAUGCCGGUGUCGUGGCCGGGUUGAGUCCGAUUUUGCUCGUCUUGGAGAAGUGGGGUCCUGGGUGGAGGGAGGCGAGGAGGGUCAAGGAGGAGGAGAAGAAGACGAGAAUCGCGACGAGUGCAAAUAGUAGCAACAGUGUAGUACCGACGACAGAGCAUGCAAGUGACAGUGAUCAGGAACAGAACCACAAGGAGAAAUCAUCAGGUAGCAAGUAGAGAGAUAGAGAGAGAGAGAGCUCGAAGCGAAAGUUUAG